AAAAAAAACUCAUGUUCCAACCAAACAGGACUAGAAACACAAGAUUAAUAAGAACAUGAUGAUUACUAAGCUCUGUUUCUUUGCUAUGGUCCUCCUCUUCAUUGCCCCUGCAAAUGCUCAGACACAAGGAGUAGGGUUUGGAUAUGUAGGAAAAGAUGGACCAUACAGAUGGGGAUACUUAAACCCUAACUACACUAAAUGCUCGGUCGGUAAACUGCAAUCUCCGAUUGAUAUCCGAAGGAGACAAACCUUUUUAAACAGUGGAUUGGAAUCGCUGCACCGCGAUUACUACACCACUAAUGCAACGCUCGUGAACCACGUCUGCAAUGUCGCCAUGCUCUUUGGGGAAGGAGCAGGAGAUGUAGUGAUAGACAAUAAGAACUAUACCUUAAAGCAAAUGCAUUGGCACACUCCUUCUGAACACCAUCUCCAUGGAGUCCAAUAUGCAGCUGAGCUACACAUGGUACACCAAGCAAAAGAUGGGAGCUUUGCUGUGGUAGCAAGCGUCUUUAAAGUCGGCAGUGAAGACCCGUUCCUCUCUCAGAUGAAGGAUAAAUUGGUGAAGCUAAAGGAGGAGAGGUUGAAAGGGAACCAAACAGCACAAGUGGAAGUAGGAAAAAUAAACACAAGACAUAUCGAACGUAAGACUCGAAAGUACUACAGAUACGUUGGUUCACUCACUACUCCUCCUUGCUCCGAAAACGUAUCGUGGACCAUUCUUGGCAAGGUGAGGUCAAUGUCAAAGGAACAAAUAGAAGUACUCAGAUCUCCACUGGAUAUUUCUUACAAGUACAAUGCAAGACCAUGUCAACCCCUAAACGGCCGGAGAGUUGAGAUGUUCCACGAGCUCGUCAACAAAAAGGAAACCGGAAACAAAAAGAAAAAAACCAAUUAAAUUAGUUUUGCAUUGUCUACCGCUUGGUUCAGAAUCUACCUUGGCCCCAAAAUAUAGCCAUGUAAAAUUAGAAUGAAAUAAAUAAAUAAAUAUAUCCAGUACUGUGUUGUACUGUUGUGAGAUAUAUGAUACGGUAAAAACAACGUGGAGCAACUAAUAUCUCACUUC